GCGGGUGCGGGGGCGGUAUCUCCUGUCGCUCAAGGCAGAGAGAAGAGGAAGAGGGGGCGGCUCCGGCCCCAAGCCCAGCCCGGCCGAGGGUCCUGCCCUGGGCUCGCUCUGGCCAGAGGACCGCCUCUACCCCAUCCCUGGCCCCCCAACCCAAACCCCACAGUUCCUGCGCAAUUCCCCAGGAGAAAGGGAGGAUAAUGAUCUUCAGACUCAGAAGGAUAGAGCAAAAAUGGUUAACAGGGAGUUGAAAACCCAAAUCAGUGAAAAGGAGACAGAGCAUCACACUUCUGAUGACUCCGCUGGAGGGUCCCUGGACAUGUGCUGCAGUGAGUGGCUUUCUGGUCUCCCCCAACCCAUAGCAAUGGAGGCUAUCGAUGAGAGUGAGGGGCACCCAGACGAGCAGGGGGAAACAGCAGCUCCCCCACAGUCCUCGGAGAGAGAAACAGAGCCUGCCCAGUGUCCCUGGGGCCAACCUCUGACUGGGGGUGGCAGUAUGUGCUUGUUCGCCAUCUCCCAAUUCUUGCUCGCCUUAGGAGUGCUCUGGCUCAGUGGGUAUAGCUCUAUUGCUCUGCAAGGGGUCAUGGAUAUGGGCUCCUCCUUACUCACACCAUUGGGACAACUGUUCAUCGUUCCAGAGGUCUGCCUAAGGAUGGCAAGCAUGGAAACAUCUGGAUUUCUGGUGGCCUUCCUGGCUUUUGGCCUAAUCCUGACUAUGAUCUUGGUUUGGCAUCUCCUGGGAACGUCCCCAGAGCUUCCCUCAAAGCAGUCUGAGGACAGGCGCCAGUCUGUGAGCCGCCAGCCAUCUUUCACCUACUCAGAGUGGAUGGAGGAAAAAACUGAGGAUGACUUCCUGGAUCUAGACCCUGUCCCUGAGACACCAGUGUUCGACUGCACGAUGGACAUCAAACCAGAGGCUGACCCCACCUCGUUGACAGUCAAAUCCAUGGGCCUACAAGAGAGGAGGGGCUCGAAUGUGUCCCUGACACUGGACAUGUGCACUCCAGGCUGCUCUGAGGAGGGCUUUGGCUACCUCAUGUCUCCUCGUGAGGAGUCAGCCCGUGAAUACCUGCUCAGUGCCUCCCGGGUCCUCCGAGCUGAGGAGCUCCAUGAGAAGGCAUUAGACCCAUUCCUGCUGCAGGCGGAGUUCUUUGAAAUACCCAUGAACUUUGUGGAUCCAAAAGAGUAUGACAUUCCUGGCCUGGUGAGGAAGAAUCGCUACAAAACCAUCCUCCCCAACCCCCACAGCAGGGUAUGCCUUACCUCGCCAGACCAAGAUGACCCCUUGAACUCCUACAUCAAUGCCAACUAUAUAAGAGGCUAUGGAGGGGAGGAGAAGGUGUACAUCGCCACUCAGGGACCCAUCGUCAACACCGUGAGUGACUUCUGGAGGAUGGUGUGGCAGGAGCACGCCCCCAUUAUUGUGAUGAUCACCAACAUUGAAGAAAUGAAUGAGAAAUGCACAGAGUACUGGCCAGAGGAGCAGGUUGUGUAUGACGGGGUCGAGAUCAUCGUCAAGCAGGUCAUUCAGGCUGAUGACUACCGGCUUCGUCUUAUUACCCUGAGGAGUGGGACUGAGGAGCGUGGCCUAAAGCAUUACUGGUUCACUUCGUGGCCAGACCAGAAGACCCCAGAUCGGGCACCACCGUUGUUGCAGCUGGUCCUGGACGUGGAGGAAGCAGCUGGCUGGGAGGGGCAGAGCUCUGCUCCAAUCAUUGUCCACUGCAGUGCUGGGAUCGGGAGGACUGGUUGCUUCAUCGCCACCAGCAUCUGCUGCAAGCAGCUGCAAAGAGAGGGUGUGGUGGACAUCCUGAAGACAACCUGUCAGCUCCGGCAAGACAGGGGCGGGAUGAUCCAGACCUGUGAGCAGUACCAGUUUGUGCACCACGUCAUGAGCCUGUAUGAGAAGCAGCUUUCUUCCCAAGCCAAGGAGUGACCACUCCUAGGGGCUGGAUAGCACAGCCCUGGCCUGAGACCUGCCUCGCCUGGGUAGAGUCCAGCCAGGGCCCAGGAGCAUCCUAAGCUCCUCCUUCAGCUUUGUUUUGUUCUUUGCUUCAUCUGCUCUGUCUGCACCAGCCGUGAGAACCCCCUCCAACUGCAGCUCUCUCUACUGUAAAUACCAGAAGAGGGGGUCCUGGGGGCAGACGCAAUCAGGCGGCUGGCCCAGCCCCCACUCCCCACCCCCUGCUGAGCCCUGCCCCAGCUCUGGCUUACCCGGCUUAUCCCAGUCCCAUUUUUUAACUUGAUCCAAAUACUGUAUGUGCUGGGCUCCGUGUAUCCCACUGUCUGUCCAUCUGUUUCUGAUGUUUUAACCGGACACUGUGUCUCCUCUGCCUGGGCUAGGAGCCCACUCUGGGGAGCAGCUCAUUCCGGGGAGGGAGGGGGAGCUUGGAACCCGGCUUACAGAUGGGAGCCAGGUAAGGAGUGAACUCAGGGGGGCCUAAAGAGUCUGGGAGAGAAGGGAGGGGGCCAGAUUCUGUCCCCUGAUCAGAUCUUCUGCCUGCUCCUCCUACCCACAGCCUUAGGCGGCCCCCUCCCUGCCUUAGGCUUCCCCUCCAACCACAGGUUACCCCCUCCUCCCCUCCCCUAAUUCUAGGCUGGCUGUCCCCACCAAUCCCCAACCCCAGCCUUACACUUCGCCCAUCCCAGCCUUGUGCUGCCCAGCCCACUCCUCCCUUUCCCCACCCCCAACCUAAGGCUUUCCUUUUCCCCAAUCCCGGUGUAAACAACACCUCUACAUUAGUCUUAAACGUUCCCUUCCCCCAUCCCAUUCCCAACCUUAGGUUCCCCUUUCCCCAGUAAUAGGUCACUCCCUAUUCACCCGCCUCCUACAGCUUCCCUACCCCAAGGCUGCCUCUGCGGAACAACAAUCACAAAUUUUAAUUUACUCCCCAGCACCCAGAGAAGGGGCGCUUCCCACGAGGCAGUCCCAUCUCCUAGAGGAGAGAGAAGAAUGGGAGGGAGGGGCAGUGCUUUUGGCCACAAGGACUCCCCCAGAGAAGAACUGAUGCCCCCGGGCCUAGCCAGUGGGGAGGGCUUGCGGGGAGGGGAGGCGUAAGGGCUGGCCCCAGUUCUGUGCAGAGUAUUUUUCUGUGUCACUGUGGGGAAGUUCUUCCCAAAUCGUGUAUCCAUGGGUAUGUCCCAUGUCCGUGAGUGUGUAGAGAACGCAUCGGCGGGGUGUGCAUGAUUUUGGCAAUAUGUGUUAUCCUGGAGCCACGUGGUUUUAUAGCUGACUUUCAGUAUUUAAUCUAUGGCAGACAGAGGCGUCUUUUUAUAACUCUGCUCGUGGUCACUGAAUAGAGCAAUAAACACCGCAUUUUGAGCAAACUCGGCCUUGCUCUGUGUGACUUACCCACACAUACGCACAUUUCACAGCCUCUGCCCAACCCUGGACCACUUCUCUCUGGACCUUCUUUCUGGAUUCCCCCACCCAACAACUAUCACAUAUUCAUUGCCUGGUCAGGCCUCUUGGCCACC